CUCUCAAUAAAGUAUAGCCAUGGAUUCCAUGGAACAUCCUCCACCUUCUCGCCUCAUUUGCCCUUCCUUACGAGCCCAAAACAGUAUUUUUAACAAUAGAAACUAUAAAACAAUUAAAGGAAAGUUUUUUGAGAUGAUUGACAAUUCUUAUUUCUCGCACAGCGUAUCUCCACAUCAUCACCACCGCCUUGACCCCUUAUAUUGGUGCAACAACAAAGAAUCAGAAGAUGAGCCUUCUUGGUGUGUUGUCUGUCAGUGUAAGGAAUCCAGUACAACCUAUUACUUUUGCAAUGAAUGUAACGUAUCCUACCACAAAGAAUGCGUCGAGUCUCCCCCUCUAAUCAAAUCUCCUCACCACCCUAAACACCAUCUCCAACUUAUCCUGCAUAUACAGUGUUUUACUCAAGUCAUUUCAACGCAUUGCAUAUGUAAUUGUUCGUACUGUGGAUCAAGUUGUAGAGGUAAACUUACAACAUUAUUUUACUACUGUUUUAUUUGUGAGUUUAGUUUGGAUCCUGUUUGCGCAGUAAAACCCUCAUUUCUAAACUACCAAAAAAGGCAUGAGCAUACUCUAAACUACUUUCCCAGAAAAACUGAUUUGAUAUGUGACGUUUGUGGGUUUGUUGAUAGCAAAUCUCUCAUCUACGUGUGUCUUCAAUGUGAUUUUGUUGUACACAGAAAUUGCAUUUACUUUCCGUUUGUCAUAAAAAUAUCCCGUCAUAACCACCGUCUCUCUUUUACAUACUCUCCUCUUAAAGUAUUAUUGUCUUGUGGAGUUUGUCGUCAAAAGAUAGACGAAAAUUAUGGAAAAUAUUGUUGCACGAAAAAUUGCACUUACGUAGUGCAUUCGAAGUGUGCAAUUCGGAAAGAUGUGUGGGAUGGAAUAGAGCUCGAGGAAGUAGCAGAAGAAGAAGAAGAAGAAUCUGAAAAUCUCAAUUCUUUUGAAGUGAUAGGUGAUGGAAUUAUAAAACAUUUUAGCCAUUCACAUCACAUGAGGUUUGAAAAAAGGACCACUGGCUUGUUGUAUGAUGAAAAUAAGCGAUGUCAAGCAUGCGUACUUCCAUUUUAUGGUGAUGAUGUUUACAACUGUGUGGACUCCAAGUGUGAUUUUGUACUUCAUGAAGCAUGUGCAAAUCUUCCUCGGAGAAAAAAUCAUGUGGCACAUCUCUAUCCAUUUAUUCUACAAGUGAGUGACAACAAAAAUUUCUAUUGUGGAUGUUGUAGUCGUUUUUCGAAUGGUUUCAGAUAUGUGUGUUCUAAAGGGGAUGAGACUAUAAGUUUAGACGUGCGAUGUGCUGCAAUAUCUGAGCCAUUCGACCAUCAGUCUCACCCACAUCCUUUGUUUCUAAGUAAUGAACUUGGAAAAUACAGAUCAUGCUCAAUGUGCGGAAAAAAGAGUAUUCGAACUUUAAAUUGUAUCGAAUAUUGUGAUUUCUCAUUGUGCUUCUAUUGUGCUACACUCCCAUAUAUAGUGAGAUCUGAGCAUGAUGAACAUUUCCUCACCCUUUCUUACGAAGAGAAUGCAAGUCUCAAAUGGUGUGAGGUCUGUGAGGAAACAUUAGAUUCACACAAAUGGUUGUAUACAUGUAACGAAUGUGCGGUCGCAUUCCAUAUUGCAUGUUUGCUAGGGAAAUGUGCAUUUUAUGUCAAGCCUGCACAGAAUCUCUUGUACAAUGGUGAAACAAAGAUUAAUAUAACUUUGAGCAAUGGUCUCACUCGGCCCAUCUGCACACAAUGUCAAAAACGUUGCCAAGAUAAAUUAGUGGUCCAGUUCUUGGAUGAUUAUGAUGGAGAAGUUAUAUCUUGUUAUCGUCAUUGGGAAGUGAACCGGACUAAAUCACAGGAAUUCGAACGUUGGUGGAGGAAAAAGUAACAACCAAGUUGACAUGUUCUGGUUGAUAUUUAAGGCCUUCUGGGUAUGUAUUAUAAAAAGAAAAAGAAGAUUACGUAUUGUAAUAUUGUGUGUUGUU